GAUUCAGCGCACUUCUCAUGCCCCGGGUCGUGUCAGUGAGGGGCGGUGAUCAUCGCGGAGCUCCUCCCUCCUCUAGGCUGCCGUCACCGGUGCUCGCUGGACCGGAGGAACUCGGCACCAACGAUCAGCCGCCGGCUGCUCCUCUGUGCUGAGGGAAGACUCGGUGCAGCCAGGAGCCUCCCCGCCGCCUCUGCCCGUACUAUCUCAGUGUAACGACGACAUGGCCUCCGACGGCAUGGACGAGCGAUCUCCGCUGCUGUCGGGCCCCAACUCCGAGAACGUGACCCCCACCGCUCCCCCAUACCUGCAGGAUUCAAGUCCCCGAGCCGAACUACCUCCUCCUUACACAGCCAUCGCCAGCCCCGACGCCGGCGGUGUGCCUGUCAUCAACUGCCGUGUAUGCCAGUCGCUCAUCAACCUGGAUGGAAAGCUGCAUCAGCACGUGGUCAAGUGCACAGUCUGCAACGAAGCCACACCCAUCAAGAAUCCCCCAACAGGGAAGAAAUACGUGAGGUGUCCCUGUAACUGCCUGCUCAUCUGUAAAGACACGUCCAGGAGGAUAGGAUGUCCUCGACCAAACUGCAGACGCAUAAUCAACCUGAGCCCUGUGAUGGUGAUCCCAGAGGAGCAACCGGCUCAGCCUGCACUGCCCAUCCAACCUGAGGGAAUGAGGGUGGUCUGCGGUCACUGUGGCAACACCUUCCUAGGCAGUGAAGACGCCAGGUCAUCCCAGCCAAUGUCUGGCAUCCCCAGCGACGGCUCUCCUCCAGCACAACAACAGUGGAUGGAGCUUCGGUUUAACACACUAGCCAAGUGUCCCCACUGCAAAAAAAUAUCCUCUGUUGGCAGUGCGCUCCCCAGGAGGCGCUGUUGUGCUUAUAUCACUAUAGGAAUGAUCUGCAUUUUCAUUGGAGUUGGAUUAACAGUUGGGACUCGGGGGUUUGCCAGUCGUUACAAUGCGACUUACGUAUCUUGGGCGUUCGCCUACCUGCUGGGCCUCAUCUGUCUGAUACGAGCCUGCUACUGGGGUGCUAUAAAAGUCAGCUACCCGGAGAACAGCUUCGCCUAGAGCAGGCUCGGCAUGACACGGCUGAAAAAGCAAACCACACUUUUAGUUUUUUUUUUUCCAUCUUGUUCAGAUUUCAAACCGGUCACGUUCAGUGGAGUGAGACGUCUGCAGAGUCUGGACAGGAUUGUGUUGAAGAGAUGUACUGUGUGUUUGAAGAGGUGUAUGGUAUGUUGGAGAUUUAUCUUGUCUUUGUGUCUGAAAUGUUUUGGAGAGUUUUGACUCGCUGAACAAACCUAAUCCAUGCCCAUCAGUGCUCCUACUUGUUCACAAGGACUCAAAUCCUGCCCAGGUUUUGCCAGAAAUCCUCCAAAAUACAGAAUCAAGAAUUUAGAUUAAAUUUUUCUUCAUGGAUGCCAAAAUUAGCUGAUUUGAAAAUGAUAGUGAAGCAAACUGGUUGGAUUUGGUCUUUCUGGACCAGUUUUUUUUUUCAGCAGCCUGACUGAUACCCACUUGAUUUCUUUUGUUUCUGACCAGACCAAAAUGAGACAACCUCCUAAGAACAGUUUGCCCAUUGCACUACGAUUAUAUGCAAUUGUACGUGUUGUUUUGCUGCUAGUUAAACUCCAGCUACCGAAAGCUGCAUAUCCAUACUGUAUUGUAAACAUUUACCUUGCCUGUGUACACUGACAUAGUAUUGCUAUAUGAUUUUUAACUCUCACAGUGAUCAAUUAAAAAAAGAAAAGAAAAUCCUCCUUAAAUACCCAUGUGUGCCAACUUUGCUACCCAGUAUUAGUCAAGAAGAUAAACAGGAACUUUUGUUUGCCAUGCAGCUUUUAAUUCACUACAGCAAUAACUUUUUUUGAGUUAUUUUGAACCUUUCCUGUGUACCUCCCUGUGUUUCUUCGCUGCAGUUUUGUUGCCUUCUCACUGGUGGAAAAUGAAAACGCGAUGACUUCUGUUUGCAUGUCGGCUUGUUUAUCUGCUGUCACUGAGGUGGUGUUCAUUCUGUUUCCGAGAGGUAGCUGAAGCGUGUCAUGGUCCUGUCUUUGCUCCUUCUGCCUGUGAAUUAGAAUGUAAACCUUCCUCCUCCUCCUCCUCCCCCCUCCACUCUCUGACCUCCAGUGAACUCUGUGCUAGCUAGCAUUGCUAUAGGCUAACUCAGCAUCCUGUCUCUUGACCUUGAUCAGUGGGCAAAGUUAAAACUUCUAACCUUGUUUUGAAUGUGAUGUUGAUGAUGAUGACGAUGAUGAUGACGAAGCAGAAAAUGUUUAAAAAAAAAAAAACAACAACUUUGUACAUAGUGCAGAUUCAGUACUUGGGAAACUGUAGUGAGAGCUGGAAUGGCUUGUGGGUCUUUUUAAAAAAUAAUAAUUUAUCAAUAAAAUGCAAAAAACGCCUG